AUGCUUGCACUCCUUCCUGUUCUUGGUACGGCCUUUGCGGCAGCUGUGGCAAUGGCAGCUGACCCCAUUAAGGCCAACAGGACCGUCCUGUUUCAUUCGCACAACGACUACGUGCAUCAGCGCUCGGUGUACGACGCGUUUGAUCAUGACGUGUACAGCUACGAGGCUGACUGCUGGUGGAAUGAAGAGGCACAAAAGUUCUAUGUGGCUCACACUGCCGUUUCCAUUGAUCCAUCCAAGACUCUUCAGACGCAGACUUUGGAUCGUGUGCUGAAGAUUAUGGAGGGCAAGUACUCGGACAAGUACAAGUCGUCCGACCCUGAUACGUUUUUGAAGGACCCUGCAAACAAGCCUACAAGCUCUCCAGACUGGUACAAGUACUAUUCUGAAGGUUUUGGUGGUGUGCGCCCCCUACAGGUCGUGAUUGAAAUCAAGUCGGGCGAUGGUGGUAGCUCGUGGAAGCACAUUGUUGAGGCGCUCGAACCAUUCCGCCAGCGCGGCUGGCUGACCAAGUUUGAGAACGGCAAGAUUCAUUACGGUCCGUUGAUUGUGGUCGGUACAGGCGGUACGCCCUUCAACCAGAUGAUCUCGCAGUCCAAGCGUGACUACUUCUAUGACUGCCCUCUUGGCAGUUUGGACAGCAACUCGCAGUACUCGUCGACAAUUUGCCCGAUUGCAUCGCGCAGCUACGUUGACGUACCGGAAUCCAAUCUGGGUCUUACGCCGCCGCCGCCCAAGUCGGUCAUUCACUACCACGAUAUGAUUGCACAGGCACACCAGUACCAGACUACAGCACGCUUCUACGGUAUUCUGCCUGCCAACGCAGCCAAGUACGAUGACUUCAAUAUGCUUCUUCAGCAGGGCGCUGACUGGCUUAACAUUGACUGGUUCGAGGAUGCUGAGGCGUACGGCGCUUAA